AUGCUCUCAGCGCUCGAGGACCGAGUGUGCUCCUUGCCGAUGGACAAGGGCCCUUGCUCCGGCUUGUUCCCCCGCUACUACUACAAGAGUGCGACCAAGACCUGCGAGGAGUUCGCUUACGGAGGAUGCGGGGGCAACGCCAACAACUUCAAAACGCUCCACGAGUGCGAGAGCAAGUGCGGAACGCUCGAGGACCCAGUGUGCUCCUUGCCGAUGGACAAGGGCCCUUGCUCCGGCUUAUUCCCCCGCUACUACUACAAGAGUGCGACCAAGACCUGCGAGGAGAUCACUUACGGAGGAUGCGGGGGCAACGCCAACAACUUCAAAACACUCCACGAGUGCGAGAGCAAGUGCGGAAUGACCCUCGACCCGGUCUGUGAGCUGCCGAAAAAGGUUGGUCCGUGCCGUGCUCACGUGCCCCGCUACUACUACAACACGACGACGGACACUUGCGAGAAGUUCGUCUACGGAGGAUGCAAGGGCAACGCCAACAACUUCGAAACGCUUAAGCAGUGCGAGACUAGGUGUGCCGGCAAUUCCACCGUCGAAGACCAGUCCUGGAAGAAGCACAUCAUGAAACACCUUGCUCUGCAAGACGUCAUUCGUGCCAACCCGAUCCUAUCCAGGGAAGUCGUUGGACUGAACCCUGUGUGCAACCAGACCAAAUACCCCGGUCCCUGUGCCGGCUAUUUCCCCCGCUAUUACUACAACAAUGUGACCAAGACUUGUGAUCAGUUCAUCUACGGAGGGUGCCGGGGCAACGGAAAUAACUUCCUGACCCUCGAGGAUUGCCAGAACACAUGCUGGGCAUCCCUGGAUCAGCAUUCUUCGAAGAUCUUUGGUACCUUCGAGGUUCCUUUCUGGCCCUUCACGCCGCCUGAAGAGUGCACCUACUCUGUUGACGUUGGACACUGCGACGCGUACAUGCAUCGUUUCUUCUACAACACUCUGACCAAGACGUGUGAGCAGUUCGUCUACGGGGGAUGCGGUGGCAACGCCAACAACUUCCACACCUUCGAUGCCUGCGAGAAGAAGUGCAAGAAGGUCUUCGGCGUCGUUCCCCGCGCCUAA